AUGUGGUGGUGGUGCUCAGGAAAGUACGUGUCGAGCAAUGACGCCCUGGAGCUUCUUGCGUGUGUCCAGGAAUUGAAGCACCUGAACAGACUGGAAGUAACGAUGAUGAAGAGGAACGUGGACUUGUUUGUAAGCGCUUUUGAGGCAGUCGAGGACGUACGAACGUUGUUGCUACCAGGUAUCAACACACUGGUCGUCACUUCUGCAGCUGCAUUUUUAGCAUCCCACUGUCCAGACCUGAGGCACCUUGUCGUCGAAGACGGACCAUCCUGCAUGAUCGAAACUUACCUCAACGUACCUACCCGACUUUUGCCACUACAUCCUCAGCUAGUCGGCAGCCAGCGGACCUACCCACAGCUUACACACUUCGACACGACAGCCAAAUGGUCCGCGGAAGAGAUUGCAGCACUCGUACCCUGCUUCCCUAGUCUCCAGCAUCUGCAUAUGCGAAGCGACGCAUUCUGCUACCACGCAUCCAUUUUUACCAUUAUGCAGCUUCUAGGCCACAACCUCAGGGACCUGAAGACCCUCAAGCUCAACAAAGUAGGCAACCUCGACGUGGGCUUUCGUGCAGUCUGGAAGCGCAGCAUAACAGCAUGCUCUACCGAGGCGCAGCGACGAGUGCUUUGGCUGCACAAUGAAGUGCAUAGGGUUCAGGCUGAGAACAAUGUUGUACGCCUGGCAUUUGCGAGUAUUGAGCGGUUGAGGGAGUGCUGGCUCGGGAAUGAGAGAGUUGCGCGGCGGUUGGCAGGCUGCAGCGGCAAUGACGACUUGAGUUGGGUCUGGGAACGAAAAAGAGAAGAUAUUGAUGUCUGUACCAAUCAUUCCGAAUGGGCGAACUAUCGGGCAGAGAAAGAAGCGGUCGUUGUAUGCAGCGAGGUAUGCACGUGA